AUGGCCAACCACUCACAACUCAACUUCCAAGACGCCGCCUCACCUAUUAUAGAAGAACUAAUAGGAUUCCACGACCACGCCCUAAUAAUCGCACUAGCAAUCUGCAGUCUCGUCCUUUACCUGCUAACCCACACUCUAACAGAAAAACUGUCAUCAAGCACAGUCAACGCACAAGUAAUCGAGCUGGUAUGAACAAUUCUCCCUGCCCUAGUCCUAGUCACACUAGCCCUACCAUCUCUACGAAUCCUUUACAUGAUGGAUGAAAUCAACGAACCCGACCUAACCUUAAAAGCCAUCGGCCACCAAUGAUAUUGAACCUACGAAUACACCGACCUUAAAGACCUAACAUUCGACUCCUACAUAAUCCCAACAGCAGACCUACCUCUAGGCCACUUCCGCCUACUAGAAGUCGACCAUCGCGUUGUCGUCCCUAUAAGCUCAACCAUCCGAGUCAUCGUCACUGCCGAUGACGUCCUCCACUCAUGAGCCGUCCCUAGCCUAGGUGUAAAAACCGAUGCAAUCCCAGGACGUCUCAACCAAACCUCCUUCUUCGCCUCCCGACCAGGUGUAUUCUACGGACAAUGCUCAGAAAUCUGCGGAGCCAACCACAGCUUCAUACCAAUCGUGGUAGAAUCCACCCCACUCGCCAAUUUCGAAAACUGAUCCUCUCUAAUAUCAUCCUAA